AGGUUGCAAAGAAGAACCAUUCGCUAUUCAGUCUCUUGUUUGGUUUCAUGAAAACUUCAACGAUUUACUAUAGCAGGCACAGGCUGCAUAACUGUGUCACUUCUUCUGAAUCGUCUUCGUUGCCGUGGAUUUCACCUCUUAAGUUUGCAAAAGCUGCAGAACCCAAACCGGAUCCUCCUCCUGAAAUCUGCGUUGCUCCCGGCGAAGCUCAGAGGAAGCGAAGGUAUAUCUCUCACGAGUCUGCGAUUAACUUGAUCAAACGAGAGAAAGAUCCAGAACGCGCGUUGAAGAUAUUCAACAUGGUGUCGGAGCAGAAGGGUUUUAAUCACAACAAUGCCACGUAUUCUACCAUUCUCGAGAAGCUUGCUCGGUUGAAGAAAUUUCAGGCCGUGGAUGGAGUUCUGCGUCAAAUGAGCUAUGAAACUUGCAAAUUCCACGAGGGUAUAUUUAUUAACCUUAUGAAGCAUUUUUCGAAAUUCUCCCUUCAUGAAAAUGUGCUUCACGCGUUUUUCUCCAUCCAGCCAAUUGUUCGUGAAAAGCCCUCUCCCAAGGCUAUUAGCACUUGUCUCAAUCUUUUGCUUGAUUCCAAUCGGGUAGAUUUGGCGCGAAAAUUGCUACUGCAUGCUAAGAGGAGUCUAACGAAUAAGCCUAAUGUGUGUAUAUUUAAUAUCUUAGUGAAGUACCAUUGCAAAAAUGGGGAUUUUGAUUCUGCUUUUGAAGUUGUGAAGGAAAUGAGGAAAUCUAAUUUGUCUUACCCUAAUUUAGUUACUUACUCAACCCUAAUGGAUGGUCUUUGUCAAAGUGGAAGACUAAAGGAAGCUUUUGAGCUUUUUGAGGAGAUGGUUUCAAAGGAUCACAUUGUGCCUGAUCCUCUUACUUACAAUGUUUUGAUCAAUGGGUUUUGUCGCCGAGGUGAACCGGAGCGUGCUAGAAAUGUUGUUGAGUUUAUGAAGAAUAAUGGAUGUCUUCCAAAUGUGGUUAAUUUCACAGCCCUUUUGAAUGGCUUGUGCAAAGUGGGGAAACUGCAGGAUGCAAGAGGCGUUUUGGCUGAGAUGAAGAGUUCUGGUUUGAAACCUGAUGCAGUUACUUAUACUGCUUUGAUCAAUUUCUUUUGUAGGAAUGGCCAGAGUAGUGAAGCUAUAGAGUUGCUUAAAGAGAUGAAGGAAAAUGAGUGCCACGCCGAUACUAUUAUAUUCAAUGUGAUACUUGGGGGACUAGGCAGAGAAGGAAGGUUUGACGAGGCUCUGGAUAUGCUUCAGAACCUCCCACAGCAGGGUGCGUAUUUGAACAAAGUUAGUUAUAGAAUUGUCCUGAAUUCCUUAAUCCAAAAGUGUGAGUUGCAAAAGGCAAAGACAUUGUUGGCGCUAAUGCUAAGUAGGGGGUUUCUACCCCAUUAUGCUACCUCGAAUGAAUUAUUGGUUCAUCUUUGUAAGGCAGGAAUGGUUGAUGCUGCUGCUGUGGCUCUAGUUGACUUGGUGGAGAUGGGGUUCCGGCCAAGACUUGAUUCUUGGGAGCUUUUAAUUGAAUUGAUCUGCAGAGACAGAAAGCUAUUGUAUGUUUUUGAGCUGCUUGAUGAAUUACUGAUCACAAAUACUUGAUAUUUACUUUGUGAAGUAAUGGGUUUCAGAAGUAAUUGGUGUUUAGAUUUCUUAUCUUCAAGCCAAGGAUGAUGAGGAAGUGUUUUAAGACAUAAUGCGAUUGAUGAAUCACAAUGCGGCAGGGGCAUUCUCCAUUAAUAAUUUCAGGAGGAAAUUUUUUGAACCAGCUUAAGGUUCUGGGUUAGUCUAUUUUCUCUUUUUUAAGGUAGCACUUCCCAAUCCCCAUCAUGUCAAGCUUGAGGAAUUAGAUAAUUGACAUCAUUAACAUUUUCCCUUACCCAAAAGUAGAGCGAUGCCACUGUAAUUUACUCAUUUUUAUGUACAAAAACAAAGCAUAAAAUUUUGGUUCAGUGGAAUAAGACCGACCUUUUCUAAUUCCACGACAUGGGAGCAGGGUGCCAAGGUGCCCUAAAUACAAAAGCAUUAAACUCGCCCUCAAAAGACGUUGUAGGUAGGACUUAGAAGUAGAGCAUUCAGUGCCAGGUACUUGAAAAUUUGUUAGAUUCAGUGAAAAAACAUCUGUGCUGUUUUGGUUCGGUUUAACAUAUCUAAUGAUUUAUGCCAUGGCCAUUGUAUGUAGGUUAAAGUGGUGUAUAUUUCAGUAUAUUUUAAAUAAAUGAUAGUUU